CAAAAAUCCGUGUGCUCGUUUUUAAUUGAUCCCCUAUGAGUGCAGUGAAUAUGUACAAUUUUAAUGGUAUUUGUUAUUUCAUAAAUAUGUCGUAUGGUGUUUUGAUUCUUCUGACUGAAUUCUCUGCUUUUAACGCAAGACUGGAAAAUAACGGAAAAUUUGCAGAAAUCUGGGGUAACUGAGUUGCGAAACAAUGGAAUCACAUGGAUGUUCCCCCAACCUUUUGAGAUGUUUUAAUCACCGAUGACAACCUCCCUCACCGUUAUCCGUUAGGCUAAAUAAAAAUAUAUAUAAUAUUUCGCUGCAUAUACCUGUCAGGUCAUGUAGAAUGAAAAUGUCGUGUGCCGGGUUCUUAGUAUUGGUGUUCGUAUUGCUCGUGACAUGUUCCGAAGCGGAACAGGCCACCGAAUUCGCGGAGGCGUCGGACGGCGGCACCGCCCAGCUUCCGUGCAACCUGGUCCCGGCUCACGCCCCGGACAAAAUCAGUGUCGUACUAUGGUACAAGGGGGCGGACGAGAGUCCCAUGUACAAAUAUGAUUUGAGGGGUUCCCAGCCCCAACACUGGGCCGAUCCAUCGUACGGCAAUCGGUACUACUUGCGCGUCCUUGAUGAUCAGAAAGCCGUGCUGACCAUAUCGCCGACCAAACAGACUGACGAGGCCACCUUCCAUUGCAGGGUCGACUUUCAAAAAUCGCCAACGAAAAUCACUCACGUCAACUUAACUGUUAUAGUUGCACCAACCAGCGUUCAAGUAAGCGACGAUUUCGGUGUCGUUAAGAAUGGAAUAACAACUUCAUAUGCUCAAGGCGCCAGCCUCAUCCUCACAUGCGUAGCUACAGGAGGAAAACCGUUGCCAAAGGUUUCCUGGUCACGUGACGACGCACUAGUGACCGACGAAACACAAUACUUCCCCGAGAGAAGGAAAGCCCAGAGCGUCCUGAAAAUCGACAAGCUGACACGAUCGCACCUUUUGGCAGUCUACAGCUGCCGCGUCAGCAACAGCAAACUGCAGCCGCCCCUUAUGGUCCGUGUCGCCAUCGACAUGUAUCUCAGACCAUUGGACGUCGCUUUAUUGGGCAACAAUCCGGAGUUCAGCGCCGGCCGCCGCUACAACAUCACCUGCCGUUGUCGAGGCUCGCGGCCGCCCGCCAUAAUCACCUGGUGGAAGGACGGCGUCUCUUUGGAGGGCGGCAUCGUCAGCGUAAGUGCCGACGGCAACACCACCACCAGCACGCUAGCUUUCACACCAACAUCCGCCGAUCAUGGCCUAAUCCUGACAUGCAAAGCAUCGAACCAAAGGAUCCCGUUCAGCGAACAGCAAAGCACGUGGAUGUUGAGAGUGUUAUACCCGCCCAAAGUUACGCUCACGCUCGGCCACGGUCUAGACGCCACCGACAUCAAAGAAGGUGCCGAUGUCUAUUUUGAAUGUCAUCUCAUCGCCAACCCAUGGGUUCAUAGAGUUUGGUGGUUACGAGAUGGUGAACGUCUCUUCAGCAACGCGACAGCUGGUAUCAUUGUCAGCAAUCAAACCCUCGUACUUCAGGGUGUGAGCAGAUUUAGCUCAGGACGUUAUUGUUGCGAGGCCACCAACAAGGAGGGCACCUCGAAGAGUCCGCCCUUCCAUCUGAGGGUGAAAUUCGAACCGGUCUGCGGUGACGUUAUGCCCAGGAAAGUGCUCGGCGCGGCCAAAGACGAGCCCCUCCAAGUCGAGUGCAAGGUCGAUGCGGAGCCGCCAGCCUCAUUAUACCGCUGGAGUUUCAACAGCACGCCGGGGAUUUCCCGCGAGCUGAGCGAGUACACGAGCGGCACCGGGAACAGCGUUCUCACGUACAUGCCCCGUUUGGCCGCCGACUAUGGAACUUUGCAGUGCUGGGGCAAAAAUGACAUUGGCGUCCAGAGGGUACCUUGCACCUAUCACAUCGUGCCAGCCGGCAAACCCGAUCCACCCCACACCUGUGGAGUCGCCAACGUCACCCACCAUUCGGUUUUGAUUACUUGCAAGAAAGGUUUUGAUGGAGGUCAGAGACAAAAAUUCGUGCUGAUUUUAAGUAUGGGAGAAAUAGUGCUUUCCAACAUAACAUCUUCCACUACGCCGGAAUUCUACGUCCCCAAUUUGGAGGCAGCACAGGAUUAUUCGACGACCGUCUAUUCGUACAAUUUAAAGGGCUGGUCGAAACCGUCACUACCCCUGGUAUUUCACACACUUCCAGCGCCCGGUCUCAAGGAACAACGACGCUCAACCGAACCCUCCGAAAGCAAAAUCGGCGGUACUGGUCCCUGGUUGUACAUAUUGUUGGCCGCCGGUUCCACACUCAUUGUGGCCGCGGCCGUCGGUGCCAUUAUUUUUGCCAUUAGAAGAUUUAAGGUGGACAGUCCGGUGAGAAAUCCCCGCGUCCGCAGCCCGAAACUGGACAACGACAGCCCGCUCAAUCCCCGUGUGCCACCCCCAUACACAGACCCCAUUGCCGACGAUAAUAAUCCCGAUCUCAUACCGCCUACAAACGAAAGUCUUUUAGACUCGUCAAUGGUCCCGUACACGAUAACCGCUCGGCCAUCCAGCAAACGGAACAGCGCCACACAGAUGCCCGUCAAGCCGUACCACGUUACCUGGGCGCCGAUUCUUCAGUCCAGGAAUUGCGCCACCCAAACGCCCCCGCCGCACAAAGAGAGCUCCGUCUAGUCGAAAACAGGACGCAGUCCCACCCCCCAAUCAGAAAAAGUCUCGGCACCGGGACCAAUACCACCUGUGAUAUUUGUGAAUAUCUCAUAUUUUUAAGCAUUACUAAACAUUAUCAAAAAUAUUGUUAAACGCUGUUAUGAUUUCAUUGUCAAUAAAAUAUCAUUACAUGUGUAAAUA